AAGGGAUCGUUUACUCUCUGGUUCAAUGAUUCCUGUGUGAUUCUGUGAUUCCUUGCGUGUAGAAUCAUCCAUACACUGCACAGUCCAUGCAUAACCUGCCGGCGUAGGAUUGGAUUAAUCUCGGGAAUCUAUGGCGUGUAGUAAGAGGAGUAAGAGUGAUAGGUUAUAACUGAAUUAUUUACAAGUAUAGUGUGGGACUCUGUAAUUGCAAUGUUUUCGAAAUUUACUUGAAAUGUGUGGAAAAGUUCUUGUUUCUAAACCAAAGCAAAGUACAUUUAAAUUUGGGGAGUAGAAGUAACGAUAUAUCAAUUAAUAUUAGUGUUGUUCUUUGCGCCUACUGAAGAUGAGUGUAACGAAUUUUAGUAAGCUGGAUACAGCUCUGAACUUGCUAAGAAAACUACCUCGCGUCACACUUUCAAAUAUAAAAGAUAAUCCUGGAUCCAAGAAAAAGCCUAAAAGAGGAAGAGCUCAACAUGGUGGUGACAAGCAUGGUGCUGGCAAUAAAGGUUCAGGGCAGCGUCAGAAUUACAUGAGAUUGGGAUAUGAGACUGGUAAUAAUCCCUUUUACCUUCGUUUCCAGAUGGAGCCAUAUUACAAAGGCCAUCAUUUAAGACGACAGUACCCACCAUUGUCACUGUUGCAACUUCAAAAGCUAAUUGAUACCUCACGUCUGCCAGUGGAUAAGCCAAUAGAUCUAACUGCAAUAUGCAAUACUGGUUUAUACGUUUGUAAACCUGAUAAACAUCAUUUUGGAAUCAACUUAACAGAUGAGGGUGCUGAUUUGUUCCAAGCAAAAAUUAAUAUUGAAGUGCAAUGGGCUUCUGAACAAGUUAUUGCAGCUGUAGAACGUAAUGGAGGAGUUAUAACAACUGCAUAUUAUGAUCCUCAAAGCCUGUGGGCAGCUGUGAACCCAAGAAGGUUUUUCAUGAAAGGUGUUCCAAUUCCCAAGCGUAUGAUUCCACCUCAAGAUGCAAUUGAUUACUACACUAAUCCUGCUAAUCGGGGAUAUUUAGCAGAUCCAGAGAAAGUAUCUUGGGAGAGAUUGGUAUUAUCACAGAAGUAUGGGUACAAAUUACCUGAAAUAGAGAAGGACCCUCAGUAUAGAAUGUUGUGUGAAAGAAAAGAUCCUCUACAAGUGUUUUUUGGUCUUGAACCUGGGUGGGUAGUAAAUCUUCAUGACCGAAAGAUUCUUAAACCAUGUGAUGAAGAGGUGAAAGCUUUCUACAAUCCUCAGUAAUUUAGUUCAAUAAAAUCUUGUAAAGUCUUUGUGUAAAUAUCAAUAAAAAUGUUAUUUCAAUCUUUACAACAGAAAAUUUAAUAACCUAAUGCUUAUGCAGCACAAAUAAUUUUUGUACCUAUUUAUAUUAUAUAAUUGUUGCUUCUUAAUGUACACUUACACCAACUAAAUUGGUUGUUACAAAAACAAUGCAG